AGGAGGAGUGGAAAUGUGCUUCUGGACAAGGCUCUCGGGACCCUGCCUGCCAUUGCUCCUUCUCCUCAGCCUUGUGCCCUCUGCUGAGACACAGAAACCCUCCGCCCGGGACAGCGGCGGCGCUUGGAGUCCUGGCCAGCUGACAGCAGUCCUCCGCGUCCUCUCUGCUGGCGACCACCCGCCCCUGAACCACUCCAGAAGCCUCAUCAAAACGUUGUUGGAGAAAACUGGCUGCCCACGCAGGACAAAUGGACUGCGAGGAGGCUGCAACCUGUGCUUUGAACCAGAUGCCCUGCUGCUAAUUGCUGGAGGAAAUUUCGAAGAUCAGCUCAGAGAGGAGGUGAUUCAGAGAGUUUCCCUUCUCCUCCUCUAUUACAUUAUUCACCAGGAGGAGAUCUGUUCUUCAAAGCUCAACAUGAGCAAUAAGGAGUAUAAGUUUUACCUGCACAGCCUCCUCAGCCUGAGGCAGGAUGAAGACUCCUAUUUCCUGUCUCAGAACGAGACAGAAGAUAUCUUGGCUCUCACCAGGCAGCACUUUGACACUUCUGGAAGCCAGUGUAUGGAAACCAAAAUGCUGCAGAAAAAGUCUGGGAUACUAAGCAGUGACGGUGCUGAUGAAAAUACGCUUCCUCAGUUGGCAGCAACAAUCAUUGCUUUGUCUCUUCAAGGUGUAUGUCUGGGGCAAAGCAACUUACCUUCCCCAGACUAUUUUACAGAAUAUAUUUUCGGUUCCUUGAACAGUACAAAUACUCUUCACCUAUCAGAACUAGACCAACUCCUAAACACUCUCUGGACCAAAGUUACCUGUAACAGAAAAGAUCAAGUCCAUCAGCUUCAAAGGAAAAAAAACAACGUAACAAUUCAUGAUGGGAGUUACCCUAAUCUAUCUGUAUCCAUGAACCAAGAGUCAGUGGAUGGUCCAAUUUCCUGGGAUCAGACUUGCUUCUCUGCCGGGCAACUCGUGGAGAUAUUUCUACAGAAUAGCCUUUCACCUAUUUCUAAGGAGGACUUUAAGCAAAUGAGUCCAGGAAUCAUCCAGCAAUUGCUCAGCUGCUCUUGCCAGCUGCCCAAGGACCAGCAAGCAAACCUUCCGCCGACCACUCUGGAGAAAUACGGCUACAGCACGGUGGCUGUGGCCCUGCUCACGCUGGGCUCCAUGCUCGGGACAGCGCUGAUCCUCUUCCACAGCUGCGGGGAGAACUACAGGCUCAUCCUGCAGCUCUUUGUGGGCCUGGCUGUUGGGACACUCUCUGGGGAUGCUCUGCUCCACCUUAUCCCUCAGGUUCUUGGUUUACAUAAGCAGGAAGCCUCAGAGUCUGGGCAUUUCCAUGAAAGCAAAGGUCACAUUUGGAAACUGUUGGGACUAAUUGGAGGCAUCCAUGGAUUUUUCUUGAUAGAAAAAUGUUUUAUUCUUCUUGUAUCACCAAAUGUCAAGCAGAGCGAGCCGUUGGUUAAUGGGCACGUGGGACAUUCCCACCACCUGGCACUCAACUCUGAAUUAAGUGACCAGUCGGGCAGAGGCAAGUCUGCUUCAACUAUCCCGUUGAAAGGCCCAGAGGAAUCCCAGGCAGCUGAAAUUCCUAUAGGCGGUAUGACAGCCUCCAACAGAAAAUGCAAACCCAUGAGCUCGUUAGCAAUAAUGAUACUGGUGGGGGACUGCCUGCAUAAUUUUGCAGAUGGCCUCGUGAUAGGAGCAGCCUUCUCGUCUUCAUCAGAGUCUGGAAUAACCACGACAAUUGCUAUCUUGUGUCAUGAAAUUCCACAUGAAAUGGGAGACUUUGCUGUGCUCCUAAGCUCUGGGCUUCCUAUUAAAGUUGCCAUCCUGAUGAAUUUUAUAAGUGCUCUAACUGCCUUCAUAGGACUGUACGUUGGCCUCUCAGUAUCAACUGAUCCUUGUGUUCAAAAUUGGAUCCUGACAGUUACUGCUGGGAUGUUCUUAUACUUGUCCUUGGUGGAAAUGCUUCCUGAAAUGACUCAUGUUCAAACACGGCGACCCUGGUUGAUGUUUCUCCUGCAGAAUUUUGGAUUGACCCUAGGUUGGCUUUCUCUGUUACUCUUGGCUAUAUAUGAACAAAAUAUUAAAAUAUAAGUUAAAAGCCUCAAAAUCCUUCAAAAAUGAAUUUAUAUGGUCUCAUUUUUGUUCCCUUUGUUGUGCUC